AUUUUAGAUGAGGAAUAAAAUGUUUUUCAUAUUCCUGUUUCGAUUCACAGCGACAGACGGAAUCUGGUUCCUGAAAGCCUUAAUGUUUCACAGUUUUUAUUAACUUUACAUGUUUCUUAUUUUACUGUUAAAACUCAGCAUGUUUACAUACGGAAUAACUAUAUUAUUUCUAUAGUAUAUUUUUAUAAUAGCCUGUAGUAUAUUUCAUAUUUGCUGUUAUACCUAUUGGAUUGUUACUACAAUCAUUAUCAUUAUCAUAACAAAUUAAAAAUUAAAUAAAUACUUUAUUGUUCCCAAAGGGAAAUUAAAUAAAAAAGCUAUAGGCCUACAAGUGUUUGUUGUUAUUAUUAUAUUUCUUAGCUUGGUCACUAUUGUUGUCCUGCUACAUUUCAUGGUUUCACUACUUCCUAUUGAUGUUUUAACUCCAAGAAAAUUAAAUGUUGUCGUAACUCAGAGUUGUGGGCGGCGAUACUGUUGCCUUCUGCAGUAGCAGUCAGCCUCGGGGAAAAUCUGAAGAGUCCUCUGACUGAAGGCUGUCUGUCCUGACAUGCUAACAGCUCAACAGAAACAGCAACGAGUCCUGGAUGAAACCAUCAGCUGUCGGCAGCGCUGCUAAUUCAUAAAACCCUGAAAAUAUUCAAACCUGAUUCUGGAUGAAAUAUUCAUUUCAGAGUCAGAGCAAUAAGUUCAAUUAAAACAUGACUUUAAACCGGAUUAAUCUGCAGAGAUUUAAACCAGCUAAUGGCUCGUAGUUUCCAUGGUGACGGGAUCUCACAUAAUCAACCAAUAACUGAGAGAUCAGUUGGAUCAGCGCGGUGCGGUGUUCUGUUUUCAGUUAAUGGGAAUGGAUGACAUGUCCUCAUAAAGAUAGCAGCGGAAGCCAGGGUGUGUGUGUGUGUGUGUGUGUGUGUGUGUGUGUGCUUCCUCCCUGCAGCUUCAUCCUCUUCCUCACGGCCUGCUGACCCCGUGGCUCCCGGCUGGAGGCGGACACAUUCCUCUGUCCUCCCCCAGGACCGGAGCGUGACGGAGGGACAGAGGGCGGGCCGGGCUUUAUUUAGGAGGACCGGCAGCAGGACGGGACGCUGCAGCUCCCGGGCUCAGCAGCCGGUUCUGGAGCGACAGGAGGUUCUGGAGCAGAUCACUGGAUGUUUGUGUGCUCUCAGCUGGCACUCCGGUUCUGUUGGACCCGAUUAAAACAAAGGAAGGAUGUUGGGUUGGGGAGGAUCGGAACCACCUUCUCCGCCUCGGAGCUGAGCAGAACCAGAACCGCCUGUUGGGGGGGAUUGCGGCCCUCCGGUUCCGGUUCUAGCAGCCAGCGCCGGGCCGGGGCCGCGCAGUGACAUGGGCUCCCGGGGUCCCGGGCCCAGGUGAGCGGCACCGGGCCGGGCCAUGGCCCGGCAGGACGCGGUGAGGUGUCUGCGCUGCCUGCUGUACGCCCUCAACCUGCUGCUCUGGCUGAUGUCGGUGAGUGUGCUCGGCGUGGCAGCGUGGAUCAGAGACACCCUGAACUCCGUCCUGACCCUGACAGCCCACACCAGGUUGGAGGAAGCCGCCGUCCGCUCCUACUCUGCGGCGGUCCAUCCCGUCUUCAUCUCCGUCUGCUGCCUCCUCCUCAUCCUCAGCAUGCUGGGCUACUGCGGCGCGCUGCGCUGCCGCCUGCUGCUGCUCUGCUGGUACUUCUGCAGCCUGCUGGUGAUCUUCUGUGUGGAGCUGGCCUCUGCAGUUUGGACCUACGACGAGCCCUCAGUCCAGCGAGCCGACAUGAUAAGCCUGAAGUCCCGGAUGCCGGACUACAGCCUGCAGCGCUACCAGUGGCUCACACACACCUGGGACAGCUUCCAGACACAGUUUCAGUGCUGUGGGGUGAUCUACUUCACCGACUGGCUGGAGAUGACAGAGAUGGAGUUUCCUCCUGACUCCUGCUGCACCAAUCAGUUCCCCGGCUGCGCUGGUCGCGCCCACCAGCAUGACCUCAGUGACCUGCACCAGGAAGGCUGCGGUCUGAAGGUCUACCGCUUCAUCCGGGGAACCAAGCCGCUGCAGGUUCUGCGUUUUUUGGGGGUUUCUAUUGGCGUGGCGCAGAUCCUGGCCAUGGCUCUCACCCUCACGCUGCUCUGGGCGCUGUACUACGGCCACCACCAUCAGCAGCCAGACUCAUACGGAACCCCUAGGCCGCCUGGAGAGUCCGGUUCAGUCGUAGGCACCAACGGAACCAGUGUCAACGACCGGGUCGGACCCUGAGACCAGAGAGCUGCUGAGGCCGGGCUGGAGGACCUGGAGGCGCCCGGCGCCGCAUGGAAAGGGUUGUACUGACUCCGCCAUACAGAACCACAGAAUCUGGAGUAAUCUGGGAGCCAGGAACCAGGAUGUAGCCAGAGCUGGAGGCAGCUUGGUGCUCCUGGAGACGGUUUACUGCCAAUGGGCCAAUUGGCUCCAUUAGGCCAGUGGAGCUCCAUUGGUCUACUGGUCUACCGGUCCAGAAAACCACAGAGGAGUCAGACCUGACGAGGCUCUGUGUCAGAAUGUUUGCUGUUGCUGCUGCAACCAAUUUGUCAGGAUAAACGGAUCAGAACCCAACCCAGAAACGUCUUGGCGCUGCUCAGACUGGAUGGUACUGGGAUGGAAAAGUCCCCAUCAGCCCAGGAUGAGUGUCCAGAGGACCAGAAGCAACCUUUGAACCCGUCAUCUAUGAAGGUCAGGAACUGAACUGUUGCUUCACUCCCUAAUGGACACCUGGACCUGUUGGUGCUGCCGGUAGCGGAGCUGAGGCUGCUGCAGUCGAUCUUAAAGUUUCGGCCAGUCCAGUGACCCUGCUGGACUGUCCACCUGCUGGAUGAUGGUUGGUGUUUGGGUCAGAAUGAUGGAGGCCAGGAGAAGUGAUAAUAAUGGUCUUUAUUGAACAGAUAAAUAAUCACUCCUGUUUGCUCCACAUAUGCAUGGCUUUAGGAAAAUAUCCUGUGGCUGAAAACGUCAUAUCAUCACAGAAUGGAAGAACAUGACACGUUCACCAGAAACUAUGAGCAGAUCUUUUACAACCAGAGUUGGACUGAAUCCAUCCAGCCAAACCAGAACCACAGGAGCAGGAUGAAGGCUGGAUCAUCAUCACUUCCUGUUCCGAAACCAGGAAGUGAUGCAGGGAAGUUCCAUCCUCAGCCUGGUCAUCAUCAGGAGGAGGCGUCCAGUUAAGAGUCGCUUAGGUUUUAAAGACCUUUAUGGAUCUCAUAAAAACAUUAAUAACAACAGAAUGACUCAUGUGAACAGAAAUAUUCCAGCCUGUUGCCUCACUGGAACGCACCAUCCAGGCAGGAAGUGAUGAAGGAGAACCAGCGGCUAACAGGCCGUUUCCACUAAAUAUUUUUAAGUGAUUUCAUUCAGUUUUAUUCUAAUAAACAACAAAGGACAAUAAUCCUCUCGGUCCUUUUCCUCCCAGACGAGUCGUGGUAGAGCAAAGCGUUCAGGAGCAUGCUGUAAAUCUGAGUGCUAGCUCAGGAGACUCAACAUGACUGUUUACAUUAACAUGCAUAGGCAGAAAGAUUAAAAAAUGAUAAAGAUAUCACAGCAAAAAGAUUUCUCUGCUAAGCACCACAAACAGCCCAUCAUGUCGUCUCAUAUAGCAACCAAAUUUACCAGCAGAUAAAACCUGGGUGCAGCAGACGGCUGCUCGGUCAGCUCAUUCACAAUCAUCUGAAGGAAACCCGGCUGGAUUCUGGCUCUAGUUCUCCUCCGGUAUCCACCCGUUAUGCUGCCUCCUGGUGGUGAGCUGGUUGAAGUUUCAGCUAUUUCUGUUUCCGGUCUUUAAAAGCGGUUCAUUACUUGCUCUUUGUUCUUUGGUUAAGAACACAAACUACUGGAAGAAGUAGUUCCUGGGGCAGAGGGCUGGAGAUGUUUUCAGUGGUGAACAAGAAGAAAAUGUUUGGUUAUUUUGGGGUUCCUUAGGUUAAUGUUGGGUCAUGACCCUAAGUGGAAUAUCCCAGUAAAAUCACUGGAAACCCUGAGUGGCUCAGUAAUAUGGCCUCCAACCCAGUAGAACCAGUGGAACCAGCAGGUCUGCAGGCUCCGGUUGGUUUGUUCCUAACUGGAUUGUCUCCAGUGUUUGAGCUGAAGAUUCCCCAGACUCCUGUGGAUGCGGCCGGACCUGGAACGCAGAGUAAUUACAGCAGUGUUGGUGUUUCAGUGGAAGACGUUCCUCUCUGGGACGUCCUCCCGCCGUCAGCCCCUCGGCCAGCUGGACUCUAGAGAGCAGAAACCCGGACGAUGUUGGCCUGGCAGUGGUCGGGAGAACCGGAGGUCCGGUCUCCGUCUGGAGUGGUGUUAGGUGUGGGAAUGCUGACGACAGACGGGAAAAGGUAUGGCGGCUCACAGUUCAGAGGGAGCGUCUCUUCAAACUUGGCAUUCAGACUGGAUCGACUGGGACAGGAAGACAAACAGGAGAAUGUUCUGGAGUUAACAUCUGGAGUCAAUAUUUGGUCAUUUAUAUUUUGCUUCACAAUAAAUGAUUUGUGAGUA